AUGACAAAGGAAAGGAAAGAAUUCAAAGUAAAACUGUUAAAUGAUAAUGCGGCCUGCCCAAGGAUAGCCACAAGUGCUAGUGCAGGGUACGACUUAUACGCAAUGAAAGAUGGAGUGAUAGAACCAGGCACUAGACAAAAAAUAGAUCUUGGCUGCUCAAUAGAAAUACCUGAGGGGUAUUAUGGCCAGAUAUGUUCUAGGUCAAGUCUUUCCUUUAAGUAUGGGAUUAUGUCAAUGGCAGGAGUGAUUGACUCUGAUUAUAGAGGGGAAUUAGCAGUACUUUUAUAUAACAGUGGUAAUGAGCCAUUUAAGUACUUAAAAGGAGACAGAAUUGCUCAGAUGGUUAUUAUAAAAAUAUUCACAGAGCAGCCAAUCCUUGUAACUGAAGUAAGCACAACUGAUAGAUCCAGUGGUGGAUUUGGUUCAACCGGGAAUUAGUG